AGUUAUCGGUGCAUUAUUCAUUCUUCAACUUUUGAAAUUCCCCAGGUCCUAUCCAGAGGUGCCAUUGUCAUGCAAGGAGUUAAACGGGUUGAAGUGCAAGAUAAAUCAGUGAAUGAGGGCCAGGUGUCCUUUAAGCUCACAGUGUCUCCAGACAUGGCUCCAGACAUCCAGGUUAUAAUUUACGCCAUCCUCCCCAGUGAGACUGUGAUCGCCAAAAGCGCCGACUUCUCCAUUGAGAAAUGCUUCAGUCACAAGGUGUCGCUGGAGUUUUCUCCAUCCUCGGCCGUCCCCGGAGAGCAGACCACCCUGCAGGUGAAGGCCCUGCCAGACUCUCUGUGUGGUGUCAGCGCUGUCGACCAGAGCGUCCUCAUCAAGGAGCCAGGGAAAACUCUGGAAGCAGACAAGAUAUUCAACUUGUUGCCUGUCAAAAAAGCAUCCCAUGUUCCAUACAAUGUUGAAGAUCGUGUAGAAUGCUUGCUUGUGAGACCCAGAAGAUACGCUAUUCCAUAUCGUGAAAGAAACCAGAGAGAUGAUGCUCAUACAGUUUUCCAGAAUGUAGGUAUGAAGAUAGCAACAAACCUGGUUAUCAGAGUGCCGACAUGCCUCAAGUACAGAGGAAGAGAAUACCACCAGGGCCAUGGUAUGCAUGUAACAUAUAACUCUGCUCCAGAAAGAAUGCGAAUGAUGAGCACACCUUCCUUAGACCAACAUUCUUUUGAUUCACCGAUUGAGACUGUCCGCACUUUUUUCCCCGAGACCUGGAUAUGGGAGCUUAUAGAGGUUGGAAAGUCUGGAACGAAGGAUGUGUCCAUCACAGUCCCAGACACCAUCACCACCUGGGAGACGGAGGCGUUCUGUUUGUCCUCUCAAGGUUUUGGCUUGGCUCCUCGUAAAGAGAUCACUGUCUUCCAGCCCUUCUUCCUCGAGCUCAGCCUGCCCUACUCCACCAUCCGAGGGGAGCACUUUGAACUGAAGGCAACCGUCUUCAACUACCUGACCAGCUGCAUCAUGCUUACUGUGGUUCCAGAGCCCUCCUUAGAUUACACCCUUACCCCCCUCUCUGGUGACCAGUACACAUCCUGUUUGUGCGGCGGUGAGCGCAAGACCCUCAGCUGGAACAUGGCCCCCUCAGCUUUAGGGGUUGUGAAUGUGUCAGUGACUGCUGAGGCUGUGGCAUCCCAAGCUUCAUGUGACAAUGAGAUUGUGAGCGUGCCAGAAAGGGGUCGUAUCGACGUGGUCAAACGUUCUCUCAUAGUCAAGGCGGAAGGAACUGAGAUGUCCAAGACCUACAACUGGCUGCUCUGCCCAGAAGGAGAGGCUUUGACAGAGGAAAUAGAAAUACAACUGCCUGAGAACGUCAUUGUUGGAUCAGCCCGAGCUUCGCUAUCAGUUCUGGGUGACAUUCUGGGCAGAGCUCUAAACAACCUGGAUGGGCUGCUGCGGAUGCCGUAUGGAUGUGGUGAGCAGAACAUGGCUCUCCUGGCCCCCAACAUCUACAUCCUCCAGUACCUGAAAAACACUCAGCAGCUGACCCCAGUCAUCAAGAACAAGGCUACCAACUUCCUCACCAGUGGUGAGUCUUGUUUACAUUAUGGUGUAGUUAAAAAACAAUCAACAAUUUCUGCCAAACCCAAGAACCUGUAG